AUUUCGUCAAGUGAAAGUUGUGAACCUUUGGAACGAGACCCACUGCGGCAUCGUUAUGUUUUUAAAUUGACUUAUUCACUCUUAUUUUCUUCUUUGAGACUUACCAAGUGUGAUAAAUUGCAAUUUAAAAGGAAGAGUUAUCGCUGAGAAACGUGAUCGCCAUGGCGCGAUUCUGGGGAAUUUGCUCGUUGAUGCUUCUUCCAGCGUUUCUCCUCUUGGAGUCCCAAGCCGCCAGCAUCCCGGUAGAGGAUGAGUCAUCUUCGUCGGCUAUCGAUUUUGACACUGGGUACCUGAUUAUAGCUCCCAAAGUCUUUGUGGCCGAGAGUGUCGAGACGAUAUGCAUCAGCUUACAGAACAUGACUGGCCCUCUGGAGGUGGCCAUUAGGCUCAUGGAUAACUUCACAGCGAUGGCCAAGUUACCAAUACAGUUCAUGGAGUUCAAAAUGGCUUGCUAUAAUCUUGAGGUGCCUUCCAUAGAAUAUGAGAUGAUGCACGCCACUUUGGUUGUCAAGUUAAGGAGGACCUUGGUUACCCAGAGUGGUUUUGAGGUGAUCGAGAGGAGAACCGUUACUAUCAACGGUGUCAAUACUGAGAUGUUCAUCGAGACGGACAAGCCAGUUUACAAACCUGGGCAAACAGUGAAAUUCAGGAUUCUUAAUAUCAACCAAGAUCUGAAACCAGACAUUACUCCGGUAAGUAAGAUUUGGAUUGAGUCUCCUAGUGGUGUACGGAUGCAGCAAUGGCGGAAGCAGGAGAGUACCGAUGGUCUGAUUGAUCUUGAGAUGCCAAUGACGACUGACCCUGUACCUGGUACCUGGUCUAUCGUUGCUAUACACAAGGGAAGGAAGACUACAAGAACCUUUGAAGUUGAUGAAUAUGUGCUUCCCAAGUUUGAGGUGAUAAUUACUCCUCCCACCUAUGUGAUGAUCAAUGCUACAUCCACGAGGGUCAAGGUUUGUGGAAGAUACACAUACGGUCAGCCUGUGAGAGGAUCAUUUGAAGCAAGGAUUACCGUCAAGAGCACUGGAUGGAACUUUAGAGAAAGGAGGACCAUCACAAGACGAGAAGAUGACACCGGGCCUUCAGGAUGCAGCGAGUUCCCAAUAGAUUUAGGAAGACUGGAACUCAACUCAACCGACUUCUCACUAUGGAAUGCGAGGCUCAGUGUGGAUGUGGACUACACGGAAACGUCAACAGGUGUGAUCCUUCAAGCGAACAGCGAGAGCGCUCAGAUCACUAGAGAUGCCCUCAAGCUCCAGUUUGACUCGCCUAACAUCUUCAAACCUGGUGUGCCUUACUAUGGAAAGAUAUUUGUAACACACCCCGAUGGAAGCCCUGCUGCUGGGAAGCUAAUCAGUCUGAGCUGUAACACGGACCAAGGGCAGAUCUUUGAUAAGAAUCUCACAUCACCAGAGAAUGGAGCCAUAGAGUUCACCGUCACAGAUAUCAACAUCACAUCAACCAGUCUCAAUCUUUAUGCCCAUGCUCCGGGCUUCAACAUCCCUUCCCCGGAGACCUACGGCAGGCAGCAUGUCUACACCCUACACGACCCGGCCACUUCCCACUAUGCUCGCCCACAGUUCUCCCCCAGUGGGAGCUUCCUCCAGAUAGCCCCCAUCAGGGGCGUGGCUGCUGUAGGGUCAGAACAGACCCUCAGGAUCGACUUCACUGCCAAUGAUCCAGAAGAAAACCCACGCUUCAAGUUUGUGGUAAUGUCUAGAGGUAACAUCAUUGCCACCAGGUUCUACCGGGCCCACAAGAGACCCAAGCGUCAGGCGGAGGGAGGUAGCACCAGCUCCAGUGGACCGUCUAGGAGUGUACCUGAUGGUUCCGUUGAUGGUUCCGAAGAUGGUUCCAUCGACGGUAUCCCCUCUGUCAUGCCAUCAGUGGGUGAAAUGCCUUCUGAUAUGGGCUCUCUGGAUAUACCAUCAUUCAUCCCCUCAGUACUGGGAGGAUCAUCCUUCUCAUCUGACUUCAGCUUCGUGCCUCCAACGGAUGCUCCAGUCAUCAUUGUACAACCAGGGGAGGUCUACUCCAGGGAACUCUUCUUCAGGGUGACCACUGACAUGGUCCCAGAGACCAGGAUCCUGGCCUACUACAUCCGUACUGAUGGCGAGGUGGUGGCCGAUAGCGUUGCGUUUAGAGUACAGAAGAAAUUUGAAAAUGAGGUUGAUAUAGCAUUCAGUGACGAAGAAAUGAUGCCCGGGGCCGAGACGCAGAUUAUGAUCCACGCCAAACCAGGCUCGCUCUGUGCAGUGGGUGUGGUCGAUAGGAGUGUCCAUAUUCUGGGUGGUGAUAAUCAGCUCAAGGCAGACAAGAUCUUUGCAUCACUGAAUAAGUACCAGCUCACUUCUUCUGGUGGUUACAUCGAUGCCAGCACCCACUGUGUGCCAGAGGAAGACGAAUACCCUCAGUUCUUCCCUCUGGGUCGGAAGAAACGUGGCAUCUUCCUACCAGGAUACGGCUCCAAGUAUCAGGACUCCUCAAGGGCAUUCAAGGACAUGGGCUUAUUGUUCAUCACCAAUAUGGAUGUAGAGACAAGUCCUUGUGUUGGUGUAGGGUCAGUCGCCAGAGGGUCAGCUGAAGUUGACAACGCUGCUGAGGGUCCAAUUGCAGUUCCACUGCUGAACAAAGACAAUGCUGUCUUUGAUGAUGGUGAUACCUUGGAAACACCAGAGUUACCUAAUGAUGUCCUUGAGACAGCUCCAAGGAUCAGGUCAUACUUUCCAGAAACCUGGUUGUGGGACCUUAGAAGAACCGACACUGUCACAGGUGAAACUUCAAUAUCUAUGGAGGUACCAGAUACCGUUACUGAGUGGAUCGGGAGCGGCUUCUGCACCUCUGUGGAGUACGGAGUGGGCGUGUCGCCCCCCACCAAGCUUCGAGCAUUCCAGCCUUUCUUCCUCUCCUAUACCCUACCUUACUCUGUUGUGAGGGGAGAGGUUGUUCCUGUCACGGUCACUGUCUUCAACUACCUGACGGAGAGUCUUGUGGUUGAGGUUUCUUUAGAACUGAACGAAGGGUUCCGGAUGGCAAGGAAGAGUCGCCCAAGAAAGAAGGUGUGUGUUGGUGGUUCGCAAUCCCAGUCGGUUGAGUUCCGUAUUCAACCAAGGAAACUUGGAAACAUUGCUCUACAAGCUCUUGGACUCUCAAUCAAUGACCAGGACGCACUAUGUGGUAACGAGCUGGUCAGCAGCAGUGUAGGAGCCAGAGACAGCAUCUACAAAGAACUUCUUGUGGAGGCAGAAGGGACAGAGGUAGAUACUACUCAGAACUGUUACUUUUGCCCAGAAGAAGUGUCUGAAGGGGAAUAUGAGAAGGUGUUUAAUGUUACCCUACCUGAAAGCAUUGUAGAAGGAUCAGCACGAGGAAAGGUGUCCAUCACAGGUGAUCUGAUGGGUCCGAGUCUUUCGAACCUUGACCACCUGAUCCGUCUUCCCACCGGCUGCGGAGAACAGAACAUGCUGGGAUUCGUACCGAACAUCGUUGCCUUGAGCUAUCUCACGACAACGGAUCAACUAACGCCCUCUGUUGAAAAUAAAGCAAAGUUUAAUAUGAAGCGUGGAUAUCAACGUGAGCUGAACUACCGCCAUCGCGAUGGAUCAUAUUCAGCGUUCGGUGAAAGCGACCCGGAGGGAAGCACGUGGCUGACUGCGUUUGUCGUCCGUUCCUUUGCUCAGGCCUCUGACUAUAUCUUCAUUGAUAAUGAUGAUCUGAAAGUCAGCAUCUCCUGGUUGAAGAGUUUACAGAACCGUGAGACCGGGUGCUUUGAGUCCCUCGGGAAGCUGUGCCAUAAAGACAUGAAGGGAGGUGUAAACACUGAGAGAACCCUGACUUCAUAUGUCCUCAUCACUCUCCUAGAGGCUGGUCUCAACAUACAGAGUCAGGUUAUAAGUGCUGCUCUGAAGUGUGUGACCAAGGAUCUAGCAGAGGUUGAGGACACCUACACCUUAGCUCAGCUCGCCUAUGCCUUGACACUGGCAGAAAAUCCUCUGGCCCAAGAUGUAAUGGAUAAACUGGAAACUAAAGCAGUUUAUGAAGAUGGUCUCAAGUACUGGCAGACAAACCGUGCCAAGCCCAACAGGACCCUCGACCCCUACGCUUACCAAGCUCCUAGUACAGAUAUUGAGAUGACAUCGUACAUUCUCCUGGCCCUGAUUGGUAGGACUGUGGACAUCACCCAGGCUCUCAGGGAGGGAAACCCCAUCGCAAGGUGGAUUAUCCUCCAGAGGAAUAGUAAUGGCGGUUUCUCUUCAACUCAGGAUACAGUUGUAGCCCUCCAGGCCCUAUCAGAGUUUGCCAAGGUUGCCUACAGCGAAGGCACCAGUAUCAAAGCCUUUGUGGAAAUCAUGCCAUUAGAUGGGGAAUCCGGAGAGGUGUUCCCCUUCACCAUUACAACCUUCAACAGGCUGGUUCUAGAAGAAGAGGUGCUUUCAGUUCUCCCUGCCCAGCUUACGCUGUUUGCGUCAGGUGCUGGCUGUGCUCUUAUGCAGAUUUCUACAACUCACAAUGAGAUACCAGAAAGUCCUGAAGAUGCUGGCUUUGAGUUAGAUGUUCUGCUACUGGAAUCGUAUGAAUCCACCAAGAACAAAAGAUGUACUGACUACUACAUGAAAGUUUGUGCAAGGUAUACAGGCAGUGAUGAGGAAUCUAACAUGGCCAUUAUCGAAGUCAAAAUGAUUUCUGGAUUUUACCCUGACAAAGAUUCACUAAGAUUGCUACAAAAGCAGCACAACCCUCUUCAACGAUAUGAUAUUGAUAACAAAAAUAUUUAUUUCUACUUCAAUGAGCUGACCAAUGAGGAUACCUGUUUAGUAUUCUCCAUUAUCAAGGAGAUAGAUGUAGAAGAUGCCAAACCGGGAGUAGUACAAGUCUUUGAUUACUACGACAAGGAGAUCAAUGUCAAGCAGCUCUACGACAUCACCUGCGAGGAAGCUCCGCCAUCUUGGGACCCGUCUCUCCUCUACACCAUCCCCGUCAAGCCGUCCGAUGGCGAGUCCGACGGAAACGACGGUGACAUGCGACCCUUACCCUUUGUCCUGGCGGCCCUGAGGAGGAUGGAUGGACUGGUAUUUGUUGAGGAGCCAGAGGUGGUGUCAGAGGGCAUUGGUGGUGGCGCUGGUGGUAGUGACGUUAGUGAUGUCGAUCCUGGAGUGGACAAUGAACCUGAUAACGCCAUUGAUCCCAUGGAUGUGGCCCGCGAGCUUGGACCCCCUGAUGUGUUUAUCCUGUGCCCUUCUGGUCAAAAGUUUGUAGACGGACUGAUGAGAUGCAUUCCAAUCAAUGGCUGUGAAAGUAGCCCUUGUUUAGAAGGCCAGAACUGUAUCGAUACUGAUGCAGGUUACCUCUGUGUGGGCUGCAAACCAGGCUAUAGGAAGGGAUCGGCAAAUCAGUGUGUUCGUAUACCUGAUCCCAGUUUAAAUCAGAUCCUCUGCGGACCUGGACAGGAAUAUGUCAACGGAGGUUGCAUCACCAUUGACCAAUGUGUUGAUAACCCCUGUCCUAUUGACGCAAGGUGCAGGAGUACUGCCUUUGGCCACACCUGCGAAACUAUUAUCUGCCCUCCAGGAAGGAGACUGACGGAUGAUCUCCAGUGUGUUGAUAUUGAUGAAUGUCGUCAAGAUCCUUGUGACGUUGGUGAGGUGUGCAUCAAUAGAAUCUUGGGCUAUGACUGUAUCUGUGCUGAGGGAUAUGAAAGGAACAGUAAUAACACUUGUGUUGACAUCAAUGAAUGCGAAAGAGAGAUAGAGCCUUGUGGUGGACCAGAGUAUAUCUGCAUGAAUGAUAAAGGCUCUUACCAGUGCUUCUGUGUUGAAGGGUAUGUUAUGGACCAGGAGGGCUACUGCGUUGAAGGGGUGGAGCAGACACCCAACACGACACGAGCCCCUCAGGGGAUUGGUCUUGAGACGGCAGGUGCAACAAGCAAUGUAACAGAAGCACAUAAGAAUGUGACAGAACCGCCUAGCAGUGUAAAGGAUGCAUCUAGCAAUGCUACAGAAACAGCGAAGAAUGUUACAGAGGUAUCCGGCAAUAGAACAAAAGAAUCUAGUAAUGACACAGAAGUGCCCAGAAAUAGGACAGAAACACCAAGCAGUGUAAAAGACGCAUCAAGCAAUGCCACAGAAACAGCUAAGAAUGUUACAGAAGCAUCCAACAGUGGAGCAGAAUCACCUAGUAAUGACACGCACAGUAAUCGAACAGAAGUACUGAAUACUGUACAAGAAGCCCCAAGUAAUGGAACUGACGCACCUAGUAGCGAGACAGGACUUGUUAAUAAAACAGUUGCACCCAGCAAUGGAACAGAAGCAUUGAGUAAUGCAACCGAUUCAGCCAGCAGUGCUUCAGAAAUACACAGUAAUGUAACUAGUUCAUCAAAUCCAGGGGGAGUCAAUGAACCAAUAAGAACAAAUGAUACUCUUCAUCAAGGAGGAGAAGGAGGAGGAUUUGAUGGAGAUGAUAGACCGAUCAUUGAUUAUGGAGGGAUCAAGCCCGGAACCUGCCCAGUAAAUGAAGAGGAAUUUGGCAUCUGCGGUGGUUCACCGUGUCGAGGUGACGAGGAUUGCGAAGGUCCAAAGAAAUGCUGUCAAAAAAGCUGUGGAAAGCAGUGCGUGCUUGUUCCCAUUGAUUUUAAGGAACCUGUCGACCCUGUCUCGCGCGGAGAUGCAAUAGAGCAUCCUGGUAUCUGUCCGAUGGUAUUCGAAGGAAGUUCACUUUGCAAUGGAGCAACCUGCCUCAAUGAUGGCGAUUGCCGUGGUGACCAGAAGUGCUGUUUCGAUAUGAUGUGUGGUGGUACAGAGUCUCGUUGCAUGUCAGCUCCUCAAAUCCAACCACCUGUUUUUGUCCCAGAACCACCUGUUGUAGAAACAGCAGAAGAUACAGGUCUGAUUCCUCCUGAGAUUCAUCUUGGUGUCUGCCCGGGUGACGUCGGCGCUACCCCUAAGUGCGAUGGGGCGCUUUGCAUCCACGACGGAGAAUGUGGACCAGGAGAAAAGUGUUGCUCAAGUGCGGCGUGUGCAGAAGGAUUACGCUGUAUGCCAGCUCCUCAAAUCCGACCUGGACCUCUGGCACCUAAAGCAUGCACCGGAGACCUGGUAUAUAACGAGUGUGGAUCAGCUUGUGAAAUGACCUGUGAGAAUCCAGAGCCUCAGAUGUGCAUCAAAAUGUGUACUCCUGGAUGUUUCUGUCCCAGUGUUACAAUAAGGCUUUCACCCGACAGUGAUACCUGCUUGCCACUUUUGAUGGAUGUAGCUUUCCAGGAAAGUUGCCCAGAACCACCUGUUGUAGAAACAGCAGAAGAUACAGGUCUGAUUCCUCCUGAGAUUCAUCCUGGUGUCUGCCCGGGUGACGUCGGCGCUACCCCUAAGUGCGAUGGGGCGCUUUGCAUCCACGACGGAGAAUGUGGACCAGGAGAAAAGUGUUGCUCAAGUGCGGCGUGUGCAGAAGGAUUACGCUGUAUGCCAGCUCCUCAAAUCCAGCCUAUUGUGGUCGUACCUCCUGUCAAGCCCCGAUACGGCUCGUGUCCAACAUCUGGUGUAAACUGUGAUGGUCAAGAAUGUUUGUCUGAUGGAGAUUGCUUUGAUAAUGAGAAGUGCUGCGAAGCUGACUGCGGAUCUCGCUGCACCAUCCCUGUAAUCGCCCCACCACCACCUCCAGAGGUUCACCUUGGCCAGUGCCCAUCCGUAGAGGCAGAGGGCGCUUGUGACAAUCCUCUGUGUCUUCACGAUGGCAAUUGUGCCACGUCAGAGAAGUGUUGCGUUAGCGCCUGUGGAUACCACUGCACACCGGCUAUUCCAUUGGCACCGAAGCUGGGUCCUCCUCCGUGCCCUGGUGAUCUGGUAUUCAACAGAUGUGCGGUGACAUGUGAGCUUACCUGUGACAACCCCAAUCCACGACCAUGUACCAGAGAGUGUGGUAUCGGCUGCUACUGCCCCGAAGGCACUAUCCGAGAGUCUGAGAACAGCCACUUCUGCUUUCCAGAUGUCUCAUUUUGUCUUCCACCAAACCCAGGACCUGGACCUCUGGCACCUAAAGCAUGCACCGGAGACCUGGUAUAUAACGAGUGUGGAUCAGCUUGUGAAAUGACCUGUGAGAAUCCAGAGCCUCAGAUGUGCAUCAAAAUGUGUACUCCUGGAUGUUUCUGUCCCAGUGUUACAAUAAGGCUUUCACCCGACAGUGAUACCUGCUUGCCACUUUUGAUGGAUGUAGCUUUCCAGGAAAGUUGCCCAGAAACUGGACCAGAAGCUCCUCCUUUGAUUAAUGGGUGCACUGGAGACCUGGUAUAUACCGAGUGUGGAUCGGGAUGUGAAAGGACCUGCGAUGAUCCUGAUCCAGAGAUGUGCACCGAAGAGUGUCGUGCUGGGUGCUUCUGUCCUGGUUCCACCGUAAGACGUUCAACCGACAGUGAUACCUGCUUUCCAAUUUUAAUGGAUGUAGCUCUCGAUGUUAGUUGUCAAGACACCAAACCUGAACCUGAACUGGUGCUCAACGAGUGUCCUGGAGACCUGGUAUAUACCGAGUGUGGAUCGGGAUGUGAAAGGACCUGCGAUGAUCCUGAUCCAGAGAUGUGCACCGAAGAGUGUCGUGCGGGGUGCUUCUGUCCUGGUUUCACCGUAAGACGUUCAACCGACAGUGAUACCUGCUUUCCAAUUUUAAUGGAUGUAGCUCUCGAUGUUAGUUGUAAAGACACCAAACCUGAACCGGUGCUCUUCAACGAGUGUCCUGGAGACCUGGUAUAUACCGAGUGUGGAUCGGGAUGUGAAAGGACCUGCGAUGAUCCUGAUCCAGAGAUGUGCACCGAAGAGUGUCGCGCUGGGUGCUUCUGUCCUGAUUUCACCGUAAGACGUUCAACCGACAGUGAUACCUGCUUUCCAAUUUUAAUGGAUGUAGGUCUCGAUGUUAGUUGUCAAGACACCGAACCUGAACCUGAACUGGUGCUCAACGAGUGUCCUGGAGACCUGGUAUAUACCGAGUGUGGAUCGGGAUGUGAAAGGACCUGCGAUGAUCCUGAUCCAGAGAUGUGCACCGAAGAGUGUCGUGCGGGGUGCUUCUGUCCUGGUUUCACCGUAAGACGUUCAACCGACAGUGAUACCUGCUUUCCAAUUUUAAUGGAUGUAGCUCUCGAUGUUAGUUGUCAAGACACCGAACCUGAACCUGAACUGGUGCUCUUCAACGAGUGUCCUGGAGACCUGGUAUAUACCGAGUGUGGAUCGGGAUGUGAAAGGACCUGCGAUGAUCCUGAUCCAGAGAUGUGCACCGAAGAGUGUCGUGCGGGGUGCUUCUGUCCUGGUUUCACCGUAAGACGUUCAACCGACAGUGAUACCUGUUUUCCAAUUUUAAUGGAUGUAGGUCUCGAUGUUAGUUGUCAAGAUGAGCCUCGACCCUGCGAGGCUGAAAGACGGAAGAAGAUGGAGGAGAGCGAGAACCGAGAGGGCAUCUUCAUCCCCCAGUGCACCCAGGAUGGUUACUACGCCGUGGAGCAGUGUUACGAGGGCAAUGGUACUUUCUGCUGGUGUGCCGACACAGAGACUGGAGCCGUCAAACCAGACACGGAAGUCCAUGGUGCUCGUGCAGACUGUGAGCGUUUCCUUCCAGAUCCUUCACUUAUCAACCAAUGUCCUGAAGGCAAGGUCUUUGCUGAUGGCGUGAAGAAAUGCGUCCCGGCUGAACCAGUUCCAUGUCUGCUCCCUUUUGUCAAAGAUGAGAAUGGCGAAUGUGUCCCCCCUACCUGCGAAGGUGACCUGGUGUAUAACAUGUGUGGUUCGGCCUGUCCGGAUAUAUGCAACGAGGAGCCUGCUCAAUUCUGCACUUUCCAGUGUGUGCUGGAUUGCGCUUGCCCAGAUGGGUUGUAUCGCGUUGCCGGUACCUCGCGAUGUUUCGCCCAGGAAUCGUGCCCAAAACCAUGUGACGAGGGAUAUAAGCACAACGAGAAUCUUGAAUGCGUUGUUGCCAAUCCCUGCCAUGAAAUGCUUGCAGCAGCCAAUGAAAUGACCAGUAGGAACAUGGUAGGAGUCUAUACCCCCUCUUGUACUACCGAAGGCAAGUAUGAGCCUGUACAGUGUCACGGAAGCAUUGGAUUUUGUUGGUGUGCUGAUAUAGAGACAGGACUUGAACGAGAGGGAACCAGGAUGAGAGGAACUCCCGAAUGCCCAGCACAAUGUGAGAAUGGUAUGGUUUACAGCGAAUGCAGUUCAACUUGCCCAGACUACUGUGGCAAACCAGAGUCGAUCUUUUGCAUUUCCAUGUGCACCCCUGGCUGUGUGUGUCCUGAAGGAACUAUUCUCUUUGACCAAGACUCACAGCUGUGUGUUGCCAUCGAAGAUUGCCCCGUUCCUGUUAUUCCGGAAGUUGUCAAUGCACCGCCCGCCCCAGAAUGUACAGGGGAUCUUGUGUACAAGGAAUGCGCCUCGGCGUGUCCGGAAUUCUGCGGUCAGUCUCCAGAGCGUGCCAUGUGUAUCAUGAUGUGUGAGCCUGGCUGCGGGUGUCCAGAUAACAUGAUCCUGCAGAGCGAGGGCGGCGACGUCUGCGUUGCAGCAGAAGAUUGCCCAGCGCAAUGUGACAAUGGUAUGGUUUACAACGAAUGCGGCUCCCCUUGUCCCGACUACUGUGGCAAACCAGAGAAUGAAGUAUGCAUCACCAUGUGCAGUCCAGGUUGCUUCUGCCCCGAGGGAACUCUACUGGUUGAUCAAGAGACGCAGAUGUGUGUUGCAAGGGAAGAUUGCGUCCUUCCCGUCAUACCUGCAGCCAUUGAGAGUCCUUGUCCAACGGUUCUGGAUGCUGCACCUAACGGAUUUGAGGAAAACAUUUGUAAUUUCAAACAAAUUUUCAUCGUCAAGGUCAGGCCUGAUGGACGAGCGAAGGUUUUGGAUGAUUUGACGGUAACACCGAACAGGUUUGCAGUCAAGCGACCCAUCAAAACGUUUACAGCUGAAGAUGAGUGUGAUGUCCAAAUGACAGACCGCUUCAUGAUAUUCAUGGAUAACGAAGUUGAUGCAAUGGACAGAGCAGACAUUAUGCUUGACGAGAACGAUGUGUUAGUCCCCAUGACUGGUCACUUCAAGAAUCGCGUCAAGGAGGCCUUUACCAACUGCCCCAGUGCCUAAAAGAGGUCCUAAUGUACAGCCCUGGGGGACUCCUUAUCUUUCUCAACGUUCUAGGGCUUAGACAAGGUCCAUGAAUGUAUUCGCAAUGAUUGGUCUUCCAAUAAGAUAUUUCCAAAGAAUUUCUCUCUGAUGAAUAACCCGACUGGCAUUAUAAUGUAUGAAUAAUUAAAUAAAAUUCACAGAAGUGGACACUUUCACUGUAAAUGUAAAUCUGAUUGUAAUUUAUAAGCUUUUUUAACAUGAGGAGAGUCUAGUUUUUUUUUGUACAGUUGCAGGGCAUUUUUCAAUGGAAUAUGCAUGCCUUAUAUUUCAACUUGUAUAGUAUUUUAACCACUGCUUCUAUUUUUAAUGGCCCCAAAGUCACACACAUUUUCAAACAAAUUGACUCAUUUUUAGAACAUAUCUGUUGAUUUGUUUACUGCUUGAAGACCUAUGCCCUAGAUACUUCUAGAUACUUGAUAUCCAAGGCUUUUAACCAAAAGCUGUGACUAAUAAAUGUCUAUUCCUUUUUUUCUCCUGUUUUAUUCUAUAGCAGAUUUAAGAUACCUUUAUGUACAUUUAUGUAAGAAUGUGAAAGUCUUUUUUUGUAGACGUCAGUUGAAGAUAAUGUAAAGAUUGUUCCCUGUGAAACAUCGUUUAAAAGAUAAAGUUGUCCAAUGAAAACGAAUGCUGCAAUGGAAUAAGGAUGUGAGGUCAAUGUGAUGUAUUGUGUUGUAUAUGGCGUGGUAGGAACUUAUUUAUACAAUGUCAUAUGAAGCCCAUUAAUGAAUGAAAGUGGUGUAGUAACUAAAGUAAUUUUACGUAAAAAAGUCAGUAAAAGCUUCACGCAAUGUGGAAAUUUGUUCAUUUCAUUCUGAACUGAUGACAACAUGCCCCUUUUUAUGAUCUUCUUAGGGGAGUAUUCAGGGUUUGUUUGUAUUUUUUUAUUCAGUUGUGUUAUUCUAAACCAUUCCAUUUCAUACUAUGUACAUGUAUGAGGAGUUGAGCAUCAGGAAUCGUGUCUUUAAGAAAUGAAUCCUUUCUGGAUACACUUGUUCUGACUUAACAAUACUGAUAGAGAAUGGAACGGAUUAAAAGCUCACAACAAAAUAAA